AUGGAAUUGCAAGAAGCAAUUUCAAAAUCGAUUCGCAUCGCCAAGAAAAUGUAUAUUGAUACCGUUGAGCAAUCGCACGAUCGCGACAAUACGAAGAAGAAAAGAGGCGCGUUGUUGGAGCAAGUUCGAUGUCUCGUUCGUGCCAAGAAUCUAAAAUCAUUGGAUUCUUGCAAUUUGAACAUUCUCAAUAUGUUCCCGACAUGCAAUAAGCCGACUAACAACAAUUUCGUGAUGGUCCAUAAUACGGAUAGGCUUGAUCCGGGCUAUCUCAACUGCUUCUACUGCAACAGCAAGUACCAUCUUUCGAUCAAUUGCCAUCAUGUCAUCUAUCAAUGCGAGCGCCUUCAUAUCUUCCGUAUUCUGGGAAAAUGCUGGCGCUGCUAUCAGGCGCGCGGCCACGAAGGCCCAUGCGUUCGUAGAAAAAAUUGCUAUAUCUGCGGCGGUGAGCAUCUCGCAAUGACUCACGGAAAUCCAAAUGUUGCCGGCUCCGAGUGCACUGGCGAGUUCUAUGACAUUGAAAUCGACAGCCAUGCCAUUCGGCCGGAUCCAUUUGCGGCUUACUUUGAUGGCUAUUCUGGUUCGGAGGAGCAGAAACCUCCUGUUGUCAGCACCGAGCUUGGAUUAGCCAUUGAGCCACUUCGCGAAGGAUUUACUAUAAGCGAUCUCUGGGCGAUUCAUAUUGAACAAUGA